UACUACCUUUUGACAGAGCGUCGCCAUAUUGCUCUUAGCUUCGCUGGUCAGGGCUGCGAGUGAAAAAUUGUACCUACAUCCUUGCUCAAGUUGUUUCUCGAUUUAUGGUCACAAUGGCAAGCCCUGGAAAGGAAAGCGAUCGGAUGAAGAGCUACAAGAACAAAGCUUUGAAUCCACAGGAGAUGCGCAGGAGAAGGGAGGAGGAAGGGAUUCAGCUUCGUAAGCAAAAGAGAGAGGAACAGCUCUUCAAGAGAAGAAAUGUGAGCCUGCCACCAGGCGAUGAAGCCAUGCUAGAAUGCCCUAUCCAGGACCCUGAUGUCAGUUCAACUGUGCCACUCUCAGGUGAGGCAGUCAUCACUCCAGACAUGAUUCAGAUGAUCUUCUCAGAGGACCCCGACCAACAGCUCAUAGCAACCCAAAAAUUCAGGAAAUUACUCUCCAAAGAGCCCAAUCCUCCCAUUGAUGAGGUGAUCCUCACUCCCGGCAUCGUCAACAAGUUUGUAGAAUUUCUCAGAAGAGGUGAUGAUGGCACGCUGCAGUUUGAGGCUGCCUGGGCCCUGACCAACAUUGCCUCUGGGACGUUCCUCCACACCAAAGUAGUGAUCGAGACCGGGGCAGUGCCCAUCUUCAUCGAACUGCUCAACUCGGAGAACAAGGAUGUACAGGAGCAGGCUGUGUGGGCUCUGGGAAACAUCGCCGGGGACAACGCAGAGUGUAGAGACUACGUCCUCGACUGUGCCAUUCUUCCUUCCCUACAGCAGCUUCUCUCCAAGUCCAGUCGCCUGGGCACCAUCAGGAACGCCGUGUGGGCGCUGUCCAACCUGUGCCGGGGGAAGAACCCGCCGCCAGACUUCGCCAAGGUGUCUCCGUCUUUGAGUGUGCUGUCCACUCUGUUGUUCGGGAGUGACCCUGACGUGCUGGCUGAUGCGUGCUGGGCUCUCUCUUACCUCUCCGACGGCCCCAAUGAGAAGAUCCAGGCCGUCAUCGACUCGGGAGUCUGCCGCCGCCUAGUGGAGCUGCUCAUGCACUAUGACUACAAGGUGGUGUCCCCAGCGCUGAGAGCCGUGGGGAACAUUGUGACGGGAGACGAUAUUCAGACACAGGUGAUUCUAAAUUGCUCAGCCCUGCCUUGCCUACUACACCUUCUCAGCAGUCCCAAAGAAUCAAUCAAGAAAGAGGCGUGUUGGACGGUUUCUAACAUCACAGCUGGAAACAGACGACAGAUCCAGACGGUGAUCGACGCCAACAUCUUCCCCGUCCUGAUCGAGAUCCUGCAAAAGGCCGAGUUCCGCACUAGGAAAGAGGCCGCCUGGGCCAUAACCAACGCCACCUCUGGGGGCACUCCUGAGCAGAUGAGGUACCUGGUGUCUCUGGGCACCAUCAAGCCCAUGUGUGACCUCCUGACAGUAAUGGACUCCAAGAUUGUGCAGGUGUCCCUCAACGGCCUGGAGAACAUCCUGAGACUGGGAGAGCAGGAGGCCAAGCAGAACGGCACCGGAAUCAACCCCUACUGCGCCCUCAUAGAGGAGGCAUACGGCCUGGACAAGAUUGAGUUCCUGCAGAGCCACGAGAACCAGGAGAUCUACCAGAAGGCCUUUGACCUGAUCGAGCACUACUUCGGCGUGGAGGAGGAGGACGCCAGCAUCGCUCCGCAGGUGGACCAGAGCCAGGGCCAGUACAUCUUCCAGCAGCAGGAGGGACCCAUGGAGGGCUUUCAGCUUUAACCCCCCCCCCCCCCCCCUGAAACCCCACCUCCUGCACCCCCACUCACCCUGACUCUCUCUCUGAGUGCGCCCCCCAGCCCAGCCCGGCCCGUUCCGGUCGGUCCGGUCCCCCUUUCCUCCAUGCCAGUGUCGACUCCCUGAUUCCCUAAUCUUCCCAAAGCUUCAGCUUCCCUCCAUUGGUGUGCCCCCCACCCACCCAACAUACACACACCCUCUCUUAGAUGGGGGGGCAGUGGGGGGGGGGGGGGGGGGGCGGUACAGAGAGCUGGUUGACUACCUUCCCCUUUUUCUGAUUCCGGUCAUCUGAACUCAUCCAGUCGGCUACCCCUAGGGAGGGAUGGCAAGCAUAUAAUUAUUUUCUGAUUUUGUUUUUGUUUUAUGUUUAUUUUCUGUAUUAGGAGUGCAUUCCUACUAUUAUUGUUGGUAUUAUUAUUAUUAUUAUUAUUAUUAGGAUUGUUAUUAUUAGUGAUAAUAAUAAUUAUGAUUAUUACAAUUAUUAUUAUUGAUAAUAAUUCAUAUUAAUAUUAUUGAUUAUUAUUAUUAUUAUUUUGGCACUGGUGUCCCAAAAAAUUACUUUUUACAUCAUAUCCCUUUUGGAAUGUGAAUCUACCUCUUUAGUCAAUGAAAAAGCACUCAUGGUCAUGUGACUGGUACAAGUGCAGAUGGUGGCCCAGGGAGGUGCCCUCUAAAGCAGUGAGUGCAAACAUUUCUCUCAGUUUAGAGGGACAUAUCAGAAAAGAGAUCAGAGAGUAAAAACAGCAGAAAGCAACAGCUACCAAACAACAGCAACAAAUGGGGGGGGGGGGGGGGCACAUUUGAAUGACCUUAAUGGAAGCAAUCUCAACUCUUAGAUGGAGACUGACCGAAUAGGUUAGCUCUACUAGUUUGCCGUGAGAAUUAACAGACACACACACACACACACACACACACACACACACAGUGGUCUCUCAAUUUAGCAUGAGGAGUCUGCCUCAGCAUUGGACAGCAAGUGUCAGAAUCUCUGCGUGUGUAUGAGAGAGAGAGAGAGAGAGAGAGAGAGGGAGAGAAUAGCUGUCUCCGGCCCCCUCUCAGCUGACACUAACGGCUCCUAGCGUCCGGGAGCUGACUGGGCUUAUUUAUUGUGUCUGAGAGAGGAACGACUCCGAGCAGGAUGGACAGCAUUUCAGACACAAAAGGUCUAACGCUGAUGGAGAGCCAUGGCUCCAGCUUGAGGAUCGGGGGCCUCUUCCCCAUGUAUUUUUGUUUGUUUUUGUUUUUGUUUUUCUGCUUGUGUUUUAACGUGAUGCAGUGUCAUUGUCCAGAGCCUUUUUUGUCUUUUGCUGUUUUUCUUUUUUGUUUUCCGUUUGCAGUUUCUUUUUGGAUUUAACAUUUUUAGGUGUUCUUUCAUAUCAAACAGAGGAUGUGGCAACCGUGGCAACCGUCUCUCUCCAAUGGCCACAUGGCCCGUUGGCCAAGUGCUGCAAUACUUUCAGAUUUGACAUCAUCAGAAAAAUGCUCUGAUUUAUAGAUAUAUAUAUAAAAAAAAGAAAAUAAAUCUGUAUAUUAUAUAUACAUGUAAGCUCUGAUUUAGUUUUCUGUUUUAUGAGAAGCUUCUGAUGAACAUGAGGUGCUGAUCAUGUGAAGCUUCCUAUUCAAUCUCUUGCGGUGGGGGGGCGGGAGGGAGACAGCAGCCAUGGCGGGCGGCUUGUCUUCACGAAUCAUCUUCAUCCUCCUCCUCUUCCUCCUCGUCCUCCCACCCAUCAGGAGAAGCAUCUGGAUCAUCAGAGGCUGGUGGCGCCGCGCGGACAUGGAUGAUCACCGAUCUCUUUCGUGCUUUGUUUGUUAGUGUCUUGAUUCUGCACAAGACUACUACUCCUGCUGUGAACGACCUUUGACAUUUUGAUCCCUGUGUUGGCGCCCCUGUGUGGCUCAAGUCGGGUUUUCUAGAACUUUUCCCUUUAUUGCAAAUUUCUCCCCCGAAAUCAUGUUACAUAAGAAUUUUGGUUCUAUUUUAUUAUCAUUAUUUAUGGUGUUUUUGGCACGCAACAGAUAGUGCUGAUAAAAUUACAUUAUCGGAUGUGCAGUUGGAAGUAGAAGCAACAGUAUAUUGAGAUUGUAAAACAUGUUUUUGGUUGAACAUCAAGAACAUUUAAUCGUGUAUAGUUUUCUAAUAUUUCUCAUGUUUGUACUGAUUGUAUAAUAUAUACAUAUAUGUUUAUGUUUUCUUCCGGUUUAUAAUUUUUUUUUGUCCAUUAGAAGGGGGGAAAAGUGUAUGAGUCUGCAUCGGUGCCGAGCUUGAGAGGAGAAUUUCGUGCUCCGCACUGAAGAAUGUUGACGUUCUGUAAGAUGGAGGAGAACAAAUAAACUCUUCUGUUCCACCUGA